UCGUUAGAACACGGUUCACAGCUUAUGACGUCACUGACGUUACCUCGGCAGUUUACGAUCAAUCGAACGCGCAGCACACACGCUGCUGCCUGCUGCCGUCUUGUGGGCGGCAGAAGCGGAAUUAGGCCAGAGGAAAAGGACUCGGCGUCGAAGGGAGCGUGUAAAUACUGUGGAUCAGAAACGAUCCGCUAUUCGCUAAAUGCUCCAGUGUAAAGAACGAGCCGGUGUAGCGACCGACGUUGACUGGUGACUUCGCGUCGACGAGCCGGGUGGUGGACUUCACCGCAAUGCUGGCAUGUUGUACGGAGGGGCAAACUUGACGACUGCAGGUUCGGCCACGGAGCAAUGGCGGAGAAAAAACCCCAGCUGAUCCUUGUGUUCAGUGGCAAGAGAAAAUCUGGCAAGGACUACAUUACGGAGACCCUUAGGAAAAGAAUCGGAGAUGACAAGUGCACCAUCCUGCGACUGUCGGAGCCCAUCAAGGCAGCUUAUGCCAAGGACCACAACCUGGACUACAACCGGUUGAUGGAUUCCUCGGACUACAAGGAGGUGUACCGUGCCCAGAUGGUGUCCUGGGGCGAAGCGAAGCGCAAUGCGGAUGCGACGUUCUUCUGUCGGCUGGCCGUCCAGCGAAGCAGCGGAUGGGAGUACCCCGUGUGGAUUGUGAGCGACGCCAGGCGGGAGACGGACAUAGACUUCUUCCGCGAGAGCUUCCCGUGCCCUACCCUGGCAGUCCGCGUGAGAGCGCCGGAAGCAACGCGGAGGAACAGGGGCUGGGUUCACACCCCAGGAAUCGACGACGCAACGACCGAAUGUGGCCUGGACCACGUGACCAAAUGGGACUUCGUCCUAGCCAACGACGACGGAGACGACUUGGAAGCUCAACUCCAAGCCGUUCUGCGAGCCAUUCACGAAAGGUGUUCACUGUAACGAGUUGUGCAUGGCAGCUUCUUGCUAUAUUUACACUUCGCAUUUGCUGUUGGAUCAACGUUCUGUGCCAAGGUUGUUUUGGGGGUCUUUACUCUCAAAAUGGGCGUUAAUAUCUGCGGAGACAAUCGGUGUUGUACGUCUUGAGAAGCUUUACUCGCCGAAGGUGUGCUUUCUGAAUAAAACACUUUUUUUCUUAAAAAAA